AAUGCAUUUAAAAAUGAAUGUUUUCAUUUUAUAAAUUCAUAUUUCUUUUUAAUACGACGUAAUUUAACUUUUUUUUUUAGAACAGAAGCAAACAGAAGACAGAAGUAAACGAAGUAAAAAAUGAUUCAUGUUUUUGGACGAAUCAAACUGUGUGUAUUGUAGUUAGAAAAAUAUUCAAAAUUUUUCCUAAUUUUCGAACAACUGCAGCUUUUUGAAAAAUUUUAAAUUGGAAAUAAAAUAUAAACAUUAUAUAUUUUGCAAGUUUUUGACGAAAACGGAAAGAAUUUAUUUCAGUUUAGAAUACUUAUUUAAACUUAACCUAUAAAUUAAUUGAAAAUCAUGAAAAUGUGUAUUAAAAGCAGAGGAAUAAAGAAAGAAAUUUGCUAAAGAAAUCAAAAAAUAGAAAGUUGAAUUUUUGAUGAGAGGAUGGUCAUGCAUUUUCGUUUUUGUCGUUUGAUUGAAAAGUGCAGUAAUUUAUGUACAAAUUAUGCUAAACGCAGUACAGGAGACAAUUUUUUACGUUUCUACGUUGCUUUACCACGUCUCACACCACAGGAGGUCACCGAUAUUUUACAGACUAAUGAAUUUAAUAAGGAAGUAAAUUCGACAAAUAUUGUUAAACAUUAUGAAUCAAAUCAAUUGGCAUCUAAUAAUCCCAUUGAAGAUACGAGAUCUGAAGCAAAAUGUUUGUUAACCGGAGGUAUUCUAUUUGGUGUAUUUGAUGGUCAUGGAGGUGGAGCGUGUGCUCAAGUCGUAUCAAAACGUCUUUUUCAAUAUAUUUCCGCGUGUCUUUUGCCUCAGGAUCUUCUCAAGCAGUAUAUGGAAUCAGUGGACACUCGGAAUGAAUUAGAAUUAAUAGAAACUUACGAAGACAAUGUGGAAUUCGUCACAGAGAUUCGAGAUUUGUAUCGAUCAAGUUUUCUGGCAUUUACGAAAGAAUUGUCUGAAACAAAAUCUGGAAGUGAAUUUUUAGUGGAGGAUGCAAUUGAAAAGGCAUUUCUUCGAUUAGAUAGCGAUUUGUCGAAUGAAGCUCUUUCUGAGAUGAAUAGACGGGAUUCUGCGAGAACAUUAUCGGUCGCAAUGUCCGGGGCAGUUGCUGUUGUUGCUCAUAUUAAAGGUCAACAUCUACAUGUUGCUGGUGUUGGUGAUUGUCAAGCAAUACUUGGAGUUCUUUCCGACGAUACCUGGACAGCAAAAGCACUGGCCGUGGAGCACAAUACCGACAAUCAAUCGGAAGUUGUGAGAAUUCUCUCGGAGCAUCCGACAAACGAAAAGAUGACAGUCAUCAAAAUGGAACGACUUCUUGGACAAUUAGCACCAUUGCGAGCACUCGGCGAUUUUCGUUAUAAAUGGAGUAAAGAAUUUUUGGAAACCAAAGUUGUACCUUUCCUUGGUGAGAAUUCCAUCCCACCGAAUUAUCAUACACCACCGUACCUGACAGCAAAACCUGAAAUACAAUACCAUCGUCUCCGACCAUGUGAUAAAUUUUUAAUUCUCGGCAGUGAUGGUUUAUGGGAUUUAAUGUCACCAUUGCAAGCAGUGAAACUCGUUGGCGAGCACAUGCGAGGCAAGGUAACUCUCACACCAUUGAAAUUGUCACGGAAAAAUAUGAAAUUAUCUGAGAUUAAUAAGAAAUUAUUGCAAAGAAAGGAGGGUUUAAAAAUGAAGCCACUCGAUAGUAAUGCUGCGACGCAUCUUUUGAGAAAUGCUCUCGGUGGCACUGAAUUUGGCAUCGAUCAUGGAAAACUGUCACAGUACUUAACACUUCCAAGUGAAGUCGUGCGAGUUUUUCGCGAUGACAUAACUAUUACGAUAGUAUAUCUAGAUUCAAAUUUUAUAAGCCAGAGUCUAUGAUAGACAUAUGACUAUAUUCUCUUUGAUACUUUUCAUCCUGUUAUAAAAAUAAAAAAAACUUGUAAAUCCAAUUUAAUCCGAUUGCUGUAUGUCUAAGUUGUUAUUUAUUUAGUUAACAAUAAAAAUAAUUUACAUAAGAA